AUGGCUGACCAGGUCGGAAGGCCUUCGGCACAGGCGAUCGAUAAGAGCACAGCAGAUGACCACGACUUUUCAGACACCUUGGAAUAUCCGCAAAUCCCUCUCGAAGCCUCAUUCGACUCCCUCCUGAGAAAUUCGUACCCAUCUGGGCAGGAGUCGAUUCUACCAAGUCCAACGUCCGCCAUGACCAGAACCACGCGAUCCGCUCGACGGCCGGCUUUGAGCGAGAGCUGGGCUUCUAUGUCCGAUGCUGAGUCGUCACAGAACGACGAGCUGUUGUCAGAGCAGACCGAUAUCGAGUCCCUCGUCGAUGUGAGGCGUGCAGAAGAUGUUCUGAGUAUUCACGAUGAGGCUUCCUCUGCUCAAGAUGAGGCUGAUGAUAGCUCAUCCGAUGGAGAUGAACAGGAUGAAGUCAUAUUCGCUGAGAUGACAGGUUCUCCUCUCAAGGAGGAAGAGCCCCAGACAACCGAGAAGGAAGCCGAUGAAGCAGAUCUCAUGCCUGGCCACAUCACUCUGGAUGAACCGCGGGCUACAGAGGGGUCUGAGAACGUCCACGUCAGACAUACACUGAGGCUGUUUGACUCUAACGAGAUCAUCAACAUGCCAACGUUGAUUGAGAAGACCGAUCUCGUCGGCGCCAUCGAUCUCACCCUGGAUAGACAUUAUCUGAAGGACAACGGCCGCCAGUCAUUUCGGCUCUUGCUACUGGGUCAGGAGUAUUUACCAGGGAUUCGAGAUUCGAUCCAAAGCAAGGUCGCUGAUGCUCUUGUCGCCUCGGGUCGUGCUCUCAGCAGCAGUCAGCAAUCUUCGCUCUCCCGAUUCCACGUCAUUCCUGGUUCCUUUGGUCCUGGAUCCGUGCCAUCCACAGCUGAUCUCAUUCCACUAGAGCAGCACCUUGACGUUCAGAGCUAUCAUUCUAUCGAGAUGUCUUCGACCGGUGGUUUCGUCCUCUUCGAAGAGAGUCCCGACCACACCCUGGUCUCGAGGCCUACACCAACUUCACUACCAUACGAUUUGGCAGUGAUCAUUACAGAUACGUCUGAGACAAGCAAGGCCGAUAUGUCUCUGCAGCUGUUCUCGCGUCUUGCUGCACGCCACAGCAUCCCAUCUCUGGUCGUUACCGUAGACGAUGGCUGGAAGAACCUUGAGGGGUUUGCACCAAACUCAGGGACGGUUCACAGAGUCAUCACAACUCGUCCGGUCUGGCAAGGUGAUGUACUGGCCUGUCUGCCGCUCGACCUGGACACAUUCUUGAACCUUAAUUCGGGACAAUUGAGCCGCCACCUGUCCUGGCUCGUCGGGACCGCAAAGUUGGACACUGCUACGGAAAGCGAGAAGGCCAAGACUGCAUGGGCCCAUGCGUGGGAGCAGAGAAUCAGAUGGGCUCGGACACAUGUCUUGCGAGCCAUGGCGGGCCUUACCACUCUUUUCGCAUUCAUGCUGGCAGUUCAGGUGAUGCUGCCGACGUAUCCUCAUGGAGAUCUCGCACCUUCGGCACUGAACGCCACCUUACCACUCUCUGCGACCGACAUCGCAGGUGGUAUCCUGGAAAGUGCAGUCAGCGUUAGCACGAGUGUCAGCAGUAAGACAAGUAGCGUUCCAGUCGCUGUCGCCACAACUUCGGCCGCUCCUUCAGAGCGGGUGUACACCAUCGAUCCAGCUAGAUCGACGACCGGCAGAUUCGAGCUGGAAGUGGUUGGAUCUUCUCACUUUGUUGUACGGACUCCCCACAAGGCGAAGGGCAAAGCUCCGUUCAAAGUCGUCGUCUCGCGAGAAGGUGAGCUCAUCGAGACGGAGGUGAAAUCAUUGUUCCCAUGUGUGUACAGUAUACACAUUGCUCAGGAGCAAAUGUAUGGCAAGGUCGCUGUGUAUCUCGAGAUGCCCAAUCCUCGUCUGACCGACACUAUCACACUCGACCUCGGCCCUGAGUCUUUCAAUCACUGGGUUGGUCGAAUGGUAGGUGACGUCGAGAAAACUGUAGAGAAGAAGCUGGAGGUUGCUCACAGUGCCCUCCUUGACUUGGUCCAGUCAGGAGCGACUCGCAAAUUCGUCGACCAAACUUUGCAGGCCGUUGCAGACACGGUACGCGAAGUCGAACAGGCUACUGGUUUCGAUGAACGAGUCAGACAGCCGCUACGAAAUUUGGAUCAAGAAAGAAUCGCGCUUAACGAGCGAAUAGACGUUAUGGGAGGCGAGCUUGCCGCUCAGCUAUCUCAGUGGGUUGUCGAACAGGAGCAGAACGUCAAUCAACUCACAGGCAAGGCGCUGCGGAAUCUGCAGAAGAAUACUAUGUUCUUGAAGCAAAAGGCCAAGCAGUUGAGGAGAGCAAGUCGAGUGCAGAGGGAGCUUGCUAUGCGCGACGUCUCCAAAUGGUUGAAGAAGCAAAAGCGAUCGGACACUCUGGCCACGGCUCAGGGCCGCGUUCAACACCUGGUCUCGGAAUGGCAGCGAAAGCGAAACGAGAAGCGAGCAGAGCAUGUAGAAAAGAGGGCCGGUUGCCGGUCACGGAAGUGUGAGAAGCGCGGGAAGCCGUGCAAGGGCAAAUGUCAGAGACGAUGA